AUGACCGCCGUCGUUGUCGUCGGUUUCAAAUGGCAUGUGCGAUGCGACGCCGCGAGUCUAGGCGUGCCUUGCACGAAUUGCGUCGCCUUCCAGAUCGAGUGCCGCAUCCCUACCCCUAAGCGCAAGAAGACGACAAAUGCCGGAACGAAUAAGGACUCGGACAGGUCUGCCUCAGAUUCGCCAUUCCCGCAUACCCCCAACACUGGGCUAACUGAGGUGCGCUCCAGCGAGAAAGGAGAUACUGCCGAUGACCGUUCACCGAGAGCCCCUAGUAUCUCUGCUCCAGGCCCUGGGACAUUUCCGCCGCGAACACCUGCUGUCUAUCACACCACAGAUGGUACGCCGUCGUCCAACUACACCGAGUCGCAAGCCCGAAAGGAGGAGGUUGACAGUGGCACCUAUCUCAACCUAGUGAUGAAACCAAAGUUUACGAGGGCUCCCAUUACAGAUGCCGGCAGAGUCGCAUAUCUCGGAGAAUCUUCUAACCUGACACUACUUGUUCACGAUCGCCAAGGCUCGUCGGAUGUCGUCCACUAUCCUUUGCCCGAAAACGUCAGGGGAUCGAGAGCCCGCCUAACCGAGCUGGACAACGUCGAAAUCGACAUUCUGCACCAGCGCGGCGCCUUUCUUCUACCACCGAGGUCACUAUGCGACGAACUCAUCGAUUCGUACUUCAAAUGGAUUCAUCCCAUCGUUCCCGUCAUCAACCGCACCCGUUUCAUGCGACAAUAUCGCGAUCCCAAAAACCCGCCCUCCCUUUUGCUGCUGCAGGCUGUGCUGCUGGCCGGUUCCCGAGUCUGCACGAACCCACAGUUGAUGGACGCCAAUGGUUCAACGACCCCUGCGGCUCUGACCUUCUAUAAAAGAGCCAAGGCAUUGUACGACGCCAACUACGAGGACGAUCGAGUGACCAUCGUGCAGUCACUGUUGCUGAUGGGCUGGUAUUGGGAAGGGCCGGAAGAUGUCACCAAGAACGUGUUCUACUGGAGCCGAGUCGCUACCAUCGUCGCUCAGGGUUCUGGUAUGCAUAGAAGCGUUGAACAAUCGCAGCUCAGUCGCUCCGACAAGAGGCUUUGGAAGAGAAUCUGGUGGACUCUGUUCACGCGAGAUAGGUCCGUUGCCGUAGCUCUUGGCCGGCCGGUACACAUCAACCUCGACGACUCGGAUGUCGAAAUGCUUACCGAGGAUGACUUCAUCGAGGAUGACGGCGACCGCAACAGCGAGUACCCUCCAGAUCCGAUACACGUUCAGUUUUUCAUGCAAUAUGUCAAACUCUGCGAGAUCAUGGGCUUGGUGCUCUCUCAACAGUACUCGGUGGCCUCGAAAGGCCGACAGCGCAACGCGAUUGAUUUGACGCAUAGCGAUAUGGCUCUGGCAGACUGGCUACAAAACUGUCCCAAGAUUGUGUACUGGGAGGUUGCUCGGCAUCACUUUUGGUCUGCCUUGCUUCACUCCAACUACUACACAACCUUGUGUCUUUUACACAGGGCGCACAUGCCGCCCAACGGCGGAAGCAGGUUCCCUGACGAUUCUCCAUACCCAUCGCGGAACAUUGCGUUCCAGGCAGCAGCUAUGAUCACCUCCAUCAUAGAGAACCUGGCGGCCCACGGCGAACUGCGAUUCUGCCCUGCAUUUGUGGUGUACAGCUUGUUCUCUGCUCUAAUCAUGCAUGUGUAUCAAAUGCGGUCGCCUGUGCCGUCUAUCCAACAGGUGACCCAGGACAGAUUGCGGACUUGUAUGCAGGCCCUCAAGGAAGUUUCGCGGGUGUGGCUGGUGGGGAAGAUGGUGUACACCUUGUUUGAGUCCAUCAUAGGAAACAAGGUCCUCGAGGAGCGUUUGCAAAAAGCCGCAGGCAAGCGACACAGGAAAGCGCAACAGGCCAUGGCGCAGUUGGAGCAGCAUUCGCGUCCUCAGGAUGUGGCUAAGAGGAAGUACGAUGACAUGGCGAUCGAUUUUAGCGUCAACACUCCCACGCCUCAGGAGUCGUACGAACGGUCUCGUCCUCAGACGCCCAGCCACAUGAAGGGCGAUGGUAACCCCCAACCCAUGCCGCCGCCGGUAACCUCUCCUAACCCCAGGCAACACGAUACAUUCAUGGGCGGAACAUCUUCGCGGCCGCAGACCAGACCUGCAACCCCGUUCAACCCUUCUUUCUCAGUUCCCGCUACGCCACCAGAUUUAUACCUGGUAACCCGUAACUCGCCGAACAUAUCUCAGUCUCUGUGGGAGAAUUUCCAGCCCGACCAGUUGUUCCCUGAUAGUGCCAGCAUGCCGGCCUUCCCCCACAUGUCGCCUCCACCCGCAAACCAACCAGGCCUCGACGCAGGCCUCAUGGCGCACUUGCAAAAUCCCAAUAUGCAGAGUGGACUGCCAGCCCAGAACACUUCAUUCCAGCAAAGGGGCCCAGCAAGACGGGUUUAA